AUGUUUUACUUCAUAAGCAAUCGUUUUUUCAUUUUAUUCAUGACAGGAAAACUUCAAGAAUGGAAUGAGCCUCAAUUCUUCAAUAUAUCAGAGGAUAGUGUUACAAAGACCGGCGAAGUUGACAGCAGUAAUAAAAAGGAAAAUUUCGAAAAAUCUGGAUCUCAAACGUUGUUUCCUGAAACGACAGGUGGAAUAAAUACACCAAAGAUUAUAUAA